AGAAGGCCCAAGGGUUGUGUUCCACUUUACCCUGAUUCUCUCCUGACUCCUGAGUACCCCAGGGUCCCUGCACAGGGCUCCUCUCCUUCCCCAUGGCUCUGCUGGUCUAACUUCUGGGAGGGAAUCAGGCCAUGAUUUGGAUCCUGCUUCUGCUGCUGUCAGCUGCAUGUCUGCAAGCUGGUAACUCUGCAGGAUCUAACAGAGUAAAUGCCUUUGGGGUCGACCAACCAGCAAAACUCUCUGGUGUCCAGGGCGGCUCCAUCGAGAUCCCCUUCUCCUUCUACUAUCCCUGGGAGUUGGCAGAGGAUCCACAGAUGAGAAUUCUCUGGAGAUGGAAGAACUUCCGUGGGGAAUUUAUCUACAACUCCACGCCACCUUUCAUACAUAAACAUUUCAAGAACAGGCUCAUCCAGAACUGGACACAGCCUGAGACAUCUGGAGUCCUCAGAAUCCUGAACUUGAAGAAGAAGGACCAGAAAAAGUACUUCUGCCGUGUUAGUCUGAACACAAGACAUGGCGUGGAGGAGUGGCAACCAGUUGAAGGGACCCAACUCACCAUCACUCCUGGUGAGCACAUCCCAGCCCCCAAGACCACCUCUCCAAGCCCCACCACUGCAACUUCUGCACUCACCAGAACUGCUCUUACAGCCACAGAAGGGAAGAACAGUGGGAAGAAUCAGCCCCUGGGUCUGGGAACCACAGUUGGGUUGGCAGUGGCUGCUGCUGUGCUCCUGGCUGGGGUUUUGGGGUUGAUAGUGUUCCUCGGGUGGAGGAGAAGGAAAGGACAGAGGACUAAAGCUGAAACCCCAGCCAGGGACCUCAUUGCAAACACUGAGAAUGUUGAACCUGAAGGGCAAUAUAUGGACCCCAAAGAGAACCCCAAGGAUAACAACAUUGUGUACGCCUCCAUUGCCCUCUCAAGCUCAGCCUCUCAGGGAACACCACCCUGCCAGCCCGUCCAUGGGAACCCCCAGGAAGAGACUGUGUACUCCAUCGUAAAGGCCAAAUGAGUGGGUCUGGGUGACCAUCUCAGAGUCACCUCUGUUUCUAGUAGGAAGACUCCCAGCUUCCACUGAUACCCACAGCCAGAGACAAAAUCUCUUGGGUCACUGAUACCCAUGGCCAGAGACAGAAAUUCACAGGUCAGGACGUUUGAGCUGAGAGAAAAUGAGAAAUUCUCAGUUCCCUUUUUAACUUCCUAGACCUUUCUCACAAAAAUAAAAAUCUACAGAAUUAGCCUAAAUGAAUCUAAUUUAGAGUCACUCACAUGACCCUUAACUUCUGGCCCUCUAAGAUCCCCUCCUCUAUCACUUUUUUCUAGCUGCCCAAGGCAGGGGAUGCCCCAAAUGCUGGCAGCCAGUCUACAUGAUGUACACUCACAUCUGGGAGGGUAAUAACCAGUACACAGUGACUGAUUCCCAUGGACCACCACACUGGACAUCGGCAACAACCCUAGAUAGAUGUGUGAGACAGGGAACUAAACAGCAAAUGGUCACAAUGCUUUCCUAAGUCCAUGUUGCUCCCAGGAAGUUGGGGAGCCAGGACUCACAGACAUGCUUUUCUGAAGGUUCCCCAGGCCUGGGUCCUGCUGCUGUCCCCAGCCUCCUAUACUUUCCAGAGAAAGCAGGGUGCCACAGGGACAUGAAAGGAAGCCCAGCCUAAGCAGUGGCCCCAUAGACCUGCUUUAUUACCCAGGAUGCACAGCUCUGACCUGAAGCCUGGAGCAGGUCACCAACCCCGACAUUCAACAUCUGCUCAGGAUCACUGAGAGGUAGUUAGCAGUAGAAGGACCAGAGCACACUACUCCUCAAAGAGGCCCGCCAGGAACUCCUCUGAGCCAUCCCCCUGCUGCGACUCCCCUCUCUCUUCUGCCUCUCCAAUGUCUCCCAUGAGUUGCUCCAAGUCCAGGUCACUGGGACCAUCAUCUUCAGGGGGGAUCCUUGCUGCCUCCUGUGUCAGGGGCUCCUGAGGUCCAGGACCUUCCUUUCCCCAUGGACAAGCCCCGUGUGGAGCUGGUGGACCAGGGCACUUUGAUACAAUUUUAAUUUCCUUCUCCUCAGGUAAGUUGGUCACUGAGGCCUUGCUUUCGGGAGACUUAAAUUUUUUUAGGGCCUAAAGAGAACAAAGGACAUUUUGAGAGUCCCUUUAAGUCAACCUAUCCUGAUGUUUUACAAGCCAGAUUUCUGGAUUCUUAUGUUUAAAGCGUCUGAAAGGAUAGAAUGAGGAACAUGGACUUUCAUGUCACUCUUGGACUCCAGCUUUGUGUUAGCUGUGUGUUCAACAUGGGUCUUGAACAAAUCUGAACACUUCUGAGCCUUACCUAGUACAUUUUUAUCUGAAAUGUCAAGGGCCUGGAAGAAUGGAUCAGCAGUUGGGACAGCUUGCUGCUCUUAUAAAAGACUGGAACCCACACCUGGCACUGUUAACAGGUCCAAGAACCUGUGUGUAGACAAAUCCUAGGCCCUAAGGAAAAUCCACUCCCAUCCUCUACUUAACGGACAUAGAAUUAAAGUGACUCUAACAACUUCACUGCUGUCCCCACAGAUCUGUGCGUCUCUCAACCUUGUCAGAGAUGCUUCUCCUUGCAGCAGGUGACAAUUAACAGAGUCACUCAACUGGUCAACGUCCUGAGAAUGAGAGACUGUGGCACCUCAGUCCUCAUAGGGACAUACCACAUCCCUCUUCCCAAGGCUCAAGGAUCGUUAAGAAAAGAGGGGGGUCAGGACAAAAGGCGGUAUAAGGGCCAGAGGUAGUGGAAACUGUAUUUUCUGAACACACCAGGGCAGUUGCACAAAUGAACUCACAGUGAUUGUGACAGCAGGUAUAAGAUCUACACAAGCUUAAACAGAUAAAAUUCAGUGUGGAAAGGGCAUGAAAUCUCACUACAGGCUGAGAAGCUACUGGCAUUGUUUACAAAAGGUAUAAUUCUAUUUUGUGUGGACGGCUGUUUGCCUGGAUACAUAUGAAUCAAAUAUAAGUUCCCAGUUUUUCCUAGGGGCUCAGCCCUCCAGGAGGUAAGAGCAGCAUCUGAGAGCUGGAGAGCAGCAGCCUGAGAGGCAGCAGAAGUCCGACUGGGAUUCAAACCCUGAGGCUGAAUCUGCAGGGUGGCAGCAGCCUGCACUCACAGGGAAAGCUAGAGAGCCAGUUUCUAGGGAGACAAAAGGGAGGCUUGGUGAGUGCAGAGCAGGGAAAGCAGGGAGGAGACAUGAGUUCAAGGCAGGGGAAGGAAGCAGAGGGAGAAGGACAUGGACAAGGGCAAAGGACCAGGAGAGCUGAACUCAGAAGCAGCCACGGUCACAGGGAUCUUGUCAGCUGAGGUGGUGUCUCCUCUGAGCAUCCCUGGGGUGUUCACACAAGCCGACAACCAGGAUAAUGGUCUGGCCAGUCAUCUAUGGGAGUGUCCAUUCAUCAUCUCCUCCCUCCAGACAACUGGGCACAGGUAAGGAGCCUCAAAGCUGUUACUCCAGGGGUCAUGUGACUUGCCAUAUCAGUUUCCAAUGUUCAAAAAGGACAAACAGCAAAGGAGCCCACAGCAAAGACUUCACUGAACCAACAUUCUCAACAACGUUUAGGUCAAAUCCCCUUAGGGUGAAGGAACAUCACUGUUGGAAUGGGGAGCAGACAUGGCUUCUAGCAUGGCUACCAGUGUUGGGGAUUUGUGUUUCCUGGCCAGAGCCAGGCGAUUAAAAGAAGUACUAGAAGAAGCCAGGCAAAGUGGCAUAUUCCUGUAAUCCCAAUGAUUGACUGUAGAGAUAGCAAGACCAUGAAUUGGAGGCUCCAUUAGUACCUACUGAGUUAGAGGCCAGCCUGGGCUACGUGAGACUCUGUUUCAAAACCAAACAAACAGCAAAUCUCAUAAAAAUCCAGAGAGGUCAUGGAGGCUGGUCAUCCAUUAGCUCACUUUGGUUGGAGACAGAGAACUUGAAGACGUCACCAGUUUUCUCUUUAGAUUCACAUAAACAAAUUCUGUGACAAUUAAUAUUUUCUUUUAAAUAAUAUAUAUAAUGUUGAAGAGGAAAUUGGGCGUUUCUCCAUUUCUGUGACCUCAAGCUCAGUGACCUGUGAGUUUCUGUGUCUGGCCUUGGCUAUCUGCAGAAGCUGGGAGACUUCAUGGAGAGGAGCAAGAGACUGAGCUGGUCACCCAGCCCGACUCACUGGGCCUUUAGUACACUAUAGAGUCUCUUCUUGGGGUCCCCUAGGCAGGGGUGCAGGAAGAUGCUCAUGCUUGGGUUGAGCAACACAUGAGGGAGAUGAAGAUGAUGAUGUCAUCCUAGGGGAGAAAGAAGAGGUCAGAUGGGGGUGGGGCAACUGUGCUAAUGUAAAGUCUCAGGUGCAGCCUGAGUGUCCUGUCUACACCACCAGCCGCCAUCCUUCCACCCUUUCUAGCAUCUCCUCCACUCUCCUCAGGACCCAGUCUGGACAGGUAACUCUGGGUCUGUAUGUUGUCACUGGGGUAAACAAAUAAUGAGUGGGAGGGUAGGUGGUGUGAAAGGAUGGGUGGACAGAUGGACAGUUUUCAUCAAUGGUGAUAUCUGUAGGGUCGGGACCCACAGGAAGUGCACUGUGAGUAAUUUGAGGGGAGUUUCUGGAAUUGGAGAAUUCGGAGAGAAAUAGAGAGAGUGUUGAGCCUUUUGGGUAUAAUGUUCGAGUCUGAAUGCUGGGGACACUAUCAGGAACUGGGGUCUGAAGAAUCACAUAGCCAUGCCUAGAGAGGCCAUGUUUAGUCAGGAUGAGGACUGUGUAAACAUGUGGUGGCAGAUCAGCUGUGAGACGUGCCUUGUAUGAUUGUGUGUGUCUGUGUGCAGCUGCAUAUGUGUGCAAGGAAGUGUGUGCUCCUGUUUGUGUAGGCCAGAGGACAACCUCGGGCAUUACUCCUUCUCAGGACACCAUGCACCUUGAACUAUUUCUUUGGUUAGAUGGUCCUUGUUUUUGUUAGUUUGUUUGCUUUUUGGGUGUGGGGACAAGUUCUCACUAUGUACCCCUGGCUGGCCUAGAACUCCCUAUAUAGACCAGUCUACAUUCAAGCUAACAGAUGCUCACUCAUCUCUGCCUCUGCCUCCCAAAUGCUAGAAUUAAAGGCAUGCACCACCAUGCCCAUUUUCAGGUUUUUCCAUUAUAUUUACUUAUUCAUUCUACAGGGGCCAGGCAGACAUGUGCUACAGCCUGAGCAGCAGCCGGGUACUAACACUGCAGGCUGACACUCCCAAUGGUCACACACAUGUGUGCAUGUGUGCAUACAUACCAAAACUCCAGGCUGCUCUUCUACAGAUAGUGCCCCUCCCCCAUGAAAGUAUCAUGGCUGCCAGGCCCAGUCACUGCUAUUAUGGGAAACAUGGUUGGCAUUACAGGAGACUGAUAACAGCAUCCUGGACAUAAAUAAUAUUUCAUCGCAGUGUCCCUAUGAGGAUUCACUUGAGUUCAGGCCAUGAGAGUCUCACAAAGCAUAUGUCUUGGGAUUAAGGGGCCAGCAGGUGGCAGCAGUGAAGCUGAGGACAAACUGGAGUAGCUUUUGAGUCACUGUCUAGGGGAGGGAGACAAUACCCUGGAAGCCUAUGGUAGUUACAGACUAGGCAAGCCAGCAGGCCAGGGCAAGAGUGUCCCAUGGGCCUUGGCUCUGCCGGGUGCUGUGAAGAGUUCCUGAAGGACAAGAAGAGGACAAAGAGCAGAUGGUGGUGGGGACACCGAGCUAGGGCUGGGACUGAAUGUGUUUCCUCAUCACCUCCAUCCUCGUUGUGUCUGAAGUGAGCAGAAACUGACCACUUCUGUGCCUGAGGUUAUUAGACAGACAGACAGACAGACAGACAAUCAGCAUUGUGGGACACAUAAUGAGAAAAAGUUGAGGAGGGGAGGGCAGGAGUGGAGGAAAUCUGGAGGUGAGGAACCAGUGAUUACAGGCCACAUGGGAAAUGGACAAGACUGGAUAAGACAGGAGGUCAAGGUGGAAGAGAGGAGAGCCCGGCAUGGUGAGGUCAAUUCCAUAUCUUCCUGUCAAUAAUGAGGGCUGGGCUCAAGGGCAUGGCCAUCCUCUCAGUGACCACAAGGAAGGAUCUUCUGCAGUGUGGGAAAGCAGAAGCCAGAAUCAUGAAGGAAGUUGCUGGUCACAAGGAGGUGGAGAUGGGGAGGUCCUGCCCCACUCUGUCCUCCACAUGAGAAGACUUGGUGGUUGUGUGCCACUUUACCCCGAUUCUCUCCUGACACCUGCACACCCCAGGAUCUGUCCACAGGGCUCCUCUCCUGCCUGGUGGCUCUGCUGGUCUCACUUCCUGGAGGGAAUCAGGCCAUGACUUGGAUCCUGCUUCUGCUGCUGUCAGGUGCAUGUCUGCAAGCUGGUGAGUUUGGGGACCUUGUUAGCAGGGACUCUGCUCUAACCACAGGAGGGGCUGGUGGGGCUGGGAAGAGCAGGCUGUCAUGUGGACAGGUGUCUGCUGGAGGAGCCAGCUGGUCAUUUCAACCCCAAGAGAGAGCUCAUCCUCAGAGUGGUUCAACCAACCCUUCUCUGUCUUUUCUGUCCCACCAGCCAUAAGGACAGUCCUGCUCUGUGUCCCACACACACCUGUAGGUGAAGAGUCGGAAAUUCUGUAUUGUCCUUUCUAUCCCCUGUAGAGGGGUCAGAUUCUCCCCAUUCUUCACAGGAAACUCUGCAGGAUCCAAAAGAGUAAAUAGCUUUGGAAUCAACCAACCAACCCGCCUCUCUGGUGUCCAGGGCAGCUCCAUCGAGAUCCCCUUCUCCUUCUCCUUCCCCUGGGGGUUGGCAGAGGAUUCACAGAUGAGGAUUCUCUGGAGAUGGAAGCACUUCCAUGGGGAAUUUAUCUACAACUCCACCUCACUUUUCAUACACGAACAUUUCAAGAACCGGCUCAUCCUGAACUGGACACAGCCUCAGACAUCUGGAGUCCUCAGAAUUCUGAACUUGAAGAAAAAGGACCAGACAGUGUAUUUCUGCCGAGUUCAUCUGAACACAAAAGAAGGCACGAAAAUCUGGCAGUCCAUUGAUGGAACUCAACUAGCCAUCACACCUGGUGAGCCACCCUGGCUCUGGCUUUGAUUCCUCUGGCUUCCUUGUCCCUCAGAUGUCACCUCAGGCUCCACAACUCUGAGAUUUCUUUCAUACUCCUUUCCCUUGGCUCUGUCCAGGCCUCUGCCAACAGGAUCUUUCCCUUGCAGUUGUGACAAGUCUUUGCUGUCCCUCUGACCUUGUCUGUCAUUCUCUACUCAGAGGGAACCCCACCCUACUCUAAGCUUCAUCACAGGCCCUCCACCCUACUUCACCCCUUUUUGUUCCAAAUCUAAUACUGUGGUUCUUCCCACUUCUACCCUUCCCCAUCACCUCGAGGUGGAGUUACUUCUCUAGGAUGUAGCUGACUCACUUGGUCCUACAGCAGGGAUCCAAUUAGUCCGUCUAUGGAGCAUCUUCACACAGUCCCAACCUAAGCCAAAUACAAACAGUAGGCGCCCAUUGGAUGUUCUUCAUGCCCUACAAUGCAAUUGUAACCUCUGCCUGUCACCACAGUCCCUAUUUCCCCUCCUAAUCCCCAGGACACAUCCCUCACCUCUCCACCCACUCCCUUGUCUCUUCUCAGUUUCCCAACUCUCUUCCCUUCUUCCUUGCCCUCCCCUGUCCCACACAAGCCCCCAGGAUUUUCAAUACAGUGUCUCCGGGUCCAUGAUGUGGCUCUCUGUCUCCAGACAGAGCAGCGACUCUGAGGCAGAAGUAACUGCAGGCCCAUGCCCUGGGAUCACCGCGACC